GCAGUGGAGAGGUGCUUUGCAAAGACUGUCCUGUGGCACUGACCUAUGCUGCAGCCAGCCAGCUUCCACAGUGAUAUAAAGCCCCAAUAUGCACAUUGUUGUUACAUCACAGCUACUCUGGAUACUGUACUGGAGCAUGGAACCAGACCAUAGGGGUUCAGGUGAUGUAUCACCCAUCAGCAUGUCUCCUAUCAGUCAGUCACAGUUUAUUCCACUUGGGGAAAUCCUUUGCCUGGCUAUCUCGGCAAUGAACUCUGCCCGAAAACAAGUCACACAAGAAGCACUAAUGGAGCACCUAACAACCUGCUUCCCAG